AUGGCCCGCCCGCGCGCUGCGUCGGGCGCCGACGCUCCCAAGGAACCCCAUGCGGUCUCUUUGAAAGUUCUACGUCUUUCGCGACCGUCACUAGCCCACCAAUCCCCUUUACCCAUCGCAAACACCAAGAUAUCCAACAAGGCGCCGUUGAGUUUCCCAUCCAUAGACUCCGACGACCAGUUUAUUCUCACCCCCAAUCUCACGCUCCCCCCAGCUUUCGGAUCAGUCUAUGUGGGCGAAACCUUCGCUUGCACCCUAAGCGCGAAUAACGAGAUAACAGUUGAUGAGACAGAUCGAGUGGUCACAUCUGUGCGGAUCGUAGCGGAAAUGCAAACACCUUCAUCCGUCGCCUCGCUAGACCUGGAUCCAGCGAGUGACUCGGCCCAGGUGGAGGGUCUCGCGACCGGCGAGUCAUUACAGAAGAUCGUCCGGUAUGAUCUUAAAGAAGAAGGAAACCAUAUUCUCGCCGUCAGCGUGAGUUAUACGGAGACGAGAAUCGGCCAGGACGCCCAGGCUGCUAGCGGUCGAGUCCGGACCUUCCGCAAGCUGUAUCAAUUCGUCGCGCAGCCUUGUCUGAGCGUCAGGACGAAGGCAUCUGAGUUACCGCCGCUGGAGGUGGAUAAUAAGUCGCUGGGUCCGUAUGGGAAGAGUCGUCUGCUCCGGUUUGCCCUGGAGGCACAGCUGGAGAAUGUUGGGGAUGGUGCGGUCGUUGUUAAGCAAACGAGACUAAACCCAAAAGCACCGUUCAAAUCCGUCUCCCUAAACUGGGACACCUCAUCAGACGACCCGGAAAUUGGGCCACCAACGCUCAACCCGCGCGACGUACUACAAGUCGCGUUCCUGGUGGAGCAGGAAGAAAACCGACAUGAAGGGCUAGAAGCCCUGCAGAAAGAUUUACGGAAGGAGGGGCGGGCGACGCUGGGCCAAUUAUCGAUCGAAUGGCGCGGUGCGAUGGGCGACAAGGGCUUCCUAACGACGGGCAACUUGAUGAGUCGGAAACGCACCUGA